AUGACCGUCUCUAACUGUCAGUCCCUUGUUGCCCCGGUGGUUGUCUGUCUCCUGCUGUCUACUGCAGCAUUUUCAGCUCACUUUCGUGUUUGUGAGCCAUAUGCUGACCACAAGGGGCGGUAUCAUUAUGGAUUUCACUGUCCCCGUCUCUCUGACAACAAGACCCACAUGUUCUGUUGUCACCAUAACAACACAGCUUUCAAGUACUGCUGUAAUGAGACCGAAAUGCAGAUUGUCAUGCAAGUUAACUUGACAACCAAUCCGGAGAGCUUCGCACACAGUAACUAUACAGCAUUGGUUGGUGUAUGGAUCUACGGAUUUUUUGUCAUGGUGCUGCUAGCACUGGACUUUGUCUACUACUUGGCCAUGAGGUAUGAACUGUGCCAGGUGUAUCUGGAGAAAUGGGGGCUGGGUAGGCACUGGCUAAAACAAGCCAGGAAGCAGUGGAACAGUGCUGAGCCCGAGGAGGGUGAGCUACACAUGCACCCAGGCAACUAUGACAGCCAGCGCCCUGACCAAGCCCAGCAGCACCAGUCACAAGCAAGACACAGUCUCAGAGGAGAUGCUCAAAGUACCACAGUCCUUGCAUACCAUACAUCCACCACUGCAUGGUGA